UGCAUACGCUUCUUCUUUACCCAUUAAACGACGCCACAAGCACCGCAUAGAAGUCGUCAAGACUCGGGGAAGCCAUAUGUUCUCUCAGCAGGAAGUAUAAAGAGCACAGAGAGAUCCUCUCGUUUCCUUACUUUUGUUUGCUUUGAACAAAGCCUUUUUAUCAAUUCUACGGUUCCGAUUUCUUGUUUCAAUUGCUUAAUCGGACCGAUGAAGGACUCCUUUCAAGCUAUGUUCAAGUUCUGGCACUUAUGUUUCAACUAUGUCCGACUGUAGGGGUUCUCAGGAGCAGCAAGCUCAGCCACAUCCACAAGAUGCUCCUUCACAAUCUUGGUACCCUCCAUCUGUAGCGAGCUCCCCUAAUUCCUCUCGCCCUGUAACACCAAGUAGUAGCUACGGUUUGCAACGACCUACAGAUCGACCACAGUCUCCUUCACAUGUGUCACCUUCUGAAGCAGCUGGAGUUAUUGCCCUUUUGAAGGAUAAAAGUGUUGAUGAGCUUCGGAGGCUGUUGUCAGACAAGGAUGCAUACCAUCAAUUUUUACUUUCACUUGAUCAGGUUAAAAUUCAAAAUAAUAUAAGGGAUGAACUUCGCAAAGAAACUCUACAGCUGGCUAGGGAGAAUUUGGACAAGGAGCCACAAAUAAUGGAGCUAAGGAACCAGUGCAGAAUAAUACGGACUACUGAGUUGGCUGCUGCCCAUGAGAAAUUAAAUGAACUGGACAAACAGAAAGAAGAGAUUUUGAGGUCCUGCUCCCUUGUAUCCCUUCUCCAAAGGCUUCAAGAAGGAAUGAAUAAGACAGAAGAGGAAUCUGAAACCCUACACAGACAACUUCUUGACAGGGAGAUAGAACUAGCAGCUUUUAUUCAGAAAUACAAAAAACUCCGCACAACCUACCACAGACGAGCACUUAUCCAUCUUGCAGCAAAAACAUCAGCUGGCUGACCAAGAAUUUGAAUGGAAUUCGUGAAAUGCUUAGAAAAGAUGUUGCUUGCUUGUGUAUUUAAUAUUCUUGGAAGACAAUGCACUUUUGACAAUGUUUAUAUAUCAUAUGAUCAUAUUUGUGUCA